GGAAGGCCUCGGGAAAAGGUAGCUGACGAUAAAUCGUACAUAGAGGUGUCGUGUGGAUUGUAAUCGGGUUCGGCAUUCCAUAGGAAAUGUUGCUGUGAUUUUGUGUACGGUGUUAUUCAAUAUUGUAAACCAUGGAUGAAAAGACUCUCGAAGCAUCAUUAGAGCUAUAUCAGUCACAAUUAUCUCAAGUAGAACAAACUAUACAGACCACGGAGUUGGCAGAGAAUACAGAUCUUAUACAGCUUAGAGAUGAUUUAAAGGAAUUAGUUUCGUUAACUGAAGAGGGCCUGCUAUCGCUGAAAAAGAGCAACAUUUUAAAGGGUUUAGAGGAGAAUAGCAAUACAAACAUUUCUGAAGAUGAAGAAUAUGCUGCCUUUCAAGCUAGUUUAGCAGAGGAAGACAAAUCUGUAACAGUGAGUGAAACGGACGUCACGAAUGAUGAUCAGUCUGCUUUACCAAAGGGAAUGGUGAAAAAUGAAGACAAUGAUUUUAAGGUUUCAAGUUGCUCUGCAACCACAAAAGCAAUGGCAAAGUCUCAAGAAAUGAAAGACCUUUCUGGGAAGUUGUCGGAGAUCGUGGGUACUCUGUGUCGAGCACCUUACACACAUGACUGGGGAUCGUCCAGUCACCACAAUGCCAUGGUUACUAACAUUGAAAUGUCCGAUGACAAUGAGAUCAUUGUUUCUGUGUUGUUCUGCAAUCCCACACAUGAAGGAAUGCUUCCAUGUGAAUAUCAUAUAGAAGGAAAAUGCAAAUUUACUUCGGAUCAGUGCCGAUUCUCACACGGACAUUCUGUGAAACUUGAGGACCUCCGAGAAUACAUUGAGCCAAAUUACAGCUCAUUGAAGAUGGAGUCGCCUUGCUUAGCACUCUUUACUGAUGGGCUUUGGUACAGGGCCAUGAUCGUUGAUAUCCUUGAAGAUCACCAAUAUACCGUGGCUUACGAUAAUUACAACGAAACUGCCACAUUGGACAUGAAAGACAUUCUUCCACUCCAUUCAACUGACUCGGAUUCUAGUGAUGAUGAAGAGGAAGAAAAUGAUGGAAGUUUGGUGUUAGAACAAGACGAAUCAAGUGGUUCUUCCUCAGAAGAAGAAAUGAUUCCAAGAUAUUUCAUGAGACCGAACCAAACAACCGAGGCACUUGGAGUUUGGGAAGAGCAUACAAGAGGGAUCGGCUCAAAACUUAUGGCUAAAAUGGGUUACAUUAUUGGACAAGGGCUUGGAAAAUUAAGUCAAGGUCGUUCAGAGCCUGUUCCUAUUCAUUUAAUUCCUCAGGGGAAAUCAUUGGAUAAAAUCAUGGAGUUGAAAGAGAAAGCAGGUGAUCAUGACAUGUUCAACGUCACUAAGAAAAUGGGAAAGAAAAAACAUGUAAAGAAAACUAAUGAAUCGAGUCAGAAAAAUGUGAAGUCCUCAAACGAUGUGUUUCAUUUUAUCAACAGAAAAUUAGGUGGUAAAAAGGGAAACAUCAAAGAACUGAUCCAUCAUCAUAAUCACAAAACAAAGAAUGCUCCAGUCAGAAUUCUGGAAAAAGAACUCUCCAGUCGCAGUGACCGGAACCUAAAUGUUCAAUUGCUUAAAACGGAGGAGGAAAUCCGGAAGACAGAGAGUGAGCUCUCCCGACUUAAUCAAGCCUUAAAAAGACAUGACAAGAAGGACGAAGGAAUGGCAAAACAGUAUCGAGCCAAGAUUGCUAAAACUGAGCAUUAUUUACAGGAACUGAAAACAUCAGAGAGGACUAUUGAGAAUCACAAGACCAAGCGUGGACAUCACAAAAAGUUAGCUAUAUUUUAAGAUGCUUUGACAUGGAAUAUAUAUUGCAUACAUAGUUUACUCUGAGAAUGAUGUUGUCAAUGAGUGGGUACUUGUAUAACUUCUGGAUAAACUCCUGUACGUUCGGUUGAAUUUAUUCUUAAAAUGCAUACCUGUACGUGUCUGACAUGGAGAUACUGUUUUAAAAAUCUAUUAAUUGGGGUGUAGUUCAUUUUUUAGUUUUUGUGAUAUGAUACUGUGCAUCCACAAAAUUCAAAUCCACAAGGAAAGAGAGAAAAAUAACUGCAGUAAAGAAUAACAAUUUGUCAUCUGCUGUGGAAUUGAAUUUCCAUGAACAUCGAUUUAUAUUUCCACAAACCACAUAUUUAAUUUUAUGGGUGACAACAUGAACAAUAUGGUACAGUACCCCAUUUACAGUUUCAUAGUAGAUUUUAUACUUACAGGUUGAAGUUCAUGGAUUCUUUGAAAUCUAUUAUGGAUAUUAAAUGAACUUGAUUGAA